CUUGGUUGAUUUAGUGGUAUUAUAGUGUUGGUAUGACCAAAAGGGAGAUCUCACUGCUAUUUAAAGUGUCAAAACACAUGUUAUAGAGCAUACCUACCUACUAAUUAUUGCAAUAAUGGAGAAAGCCUUCACAUUUUUUCUCUCAACACUCUUCUUGCUUAUGGCUAGUUCAGUCAUGUCCCAAACCAACAUUACGACUGAUCAAUUAGCUCUUCUAUCCUUAAAAUCCCAAAUUAUUUCGGACCCCUUUCAUUUAUUGGAUGAAAGUUGGUCUCCCGUUAGGUCUGUUUGCCAGUGGGUUGGAGUCACUUGUGAUUUUCGUCACCAACGAGUGAAGUCUUUGAAUCUUUCCAGCAUGGAUCUUUCAGGCAGGAUUCCCCCUGAUCUUGGAAAUCUCUCAUUUCUUGUUUCUCUCGACUUGGAAAGCAACAAUUUCCAUGGAAAUUUGCCUCAAGAAAUGACACGCUUGCGUCGGCUUAAGUUUCUUGAUUUAAGUUUCAACAACUUCAGCGGGAAGGUUCCUCCUUGGUUUGGAUUUUUACACCAAAUUCAAGUUCUAAGUCUUAGGAAUAAUAGUUUCACCGGCUCCCUUCCCUCUUCAAUUUUUAAUAUUUCAAAGCUUGAAAUGUUGAAUUUGGCAUUCAAUUCCUUAGAAGGUCAUAUCCCUGUGUCUCUCUCGAAUGCCUCAAGGUUGCAGACGUUAGAAUUAUCUUAUAAUUCACUUCAAGGAGACAUUCCAGAAGGGAUCGGCAAUCUUCCCAACAUGAACUGGUUGUCCAUACAACAUAAUCAACUUACGGGUUCUAUACCAUUCACAGUUUUCAAUAUUUCUAGGAUCGAAAUCAUUGCAUUUACAGGCAAUAGCUUAUCAGGAAAUCUCCCCAAUGGUUUAUGCAAUGGUCUCCCAAUACUCAAAGAGCUAUAUCUAACCGGAAACAAGCUUUUUGGUCAUAUGCCUACAAGCUUGUCAAAUUGUUCACAACUUCAAGUUUUGUCUUUAUCAAAAAAUGAGUUUGAUGGACCAAUACAUAGUGAAAUUGGAAGAUUGAGUGACUUGCAGCAAUUGUAUCUCGGAGCUAACCAUUUCACAGGGAUAAUUCCACAAGAAAUAGGAAAUCUUGCUAAUUUGAUGGAGUUAUCGAUGGAGGUAAACCAGAUAACCGGUUCAGUCCCAAUCUCCAUAUUCAAUAUCUCGGUGCUGCAAGUUUUGUCACUGUGGGGGAACGAUCUUAAUGGAUUCUUACCACGAGAUAUUGGCAACUUAACCGAGAUGCAGUUUUUAUAUCUUCAACAAAAUAGGUUUACCGGUGAAAUACCUAACGAGAUAAGCAAUCUCGUUGUGUUGGAGAAACUUAAUCUUCAAUCUAAUAGUUUUAGUGGUUCACUUGAAAUGGAGACCUUCAACAUAUCAGGGCUGAGAGUGAUUUCUCUUGCAAACAAUAAUCUAUCAGGAAGCCUCCCACCAAACAUAGGUUCUAUCUUACCCAACAUUGAAGAGCUUAAUCUGGGGAGCUUAACCAAUCUUGUUGGAACUAUUCCUCAUUCCAUCUCCAAUUGUUCAGAACUUACUAUUCUAGAGCUUUCUAACAACCAACUCACUGGCUUGAUUCCCAAUUCUAUUGGAUAUUUGACUUAUCUACAGUAUCUAAAUUUAGCACUAAACAAUUUAACUAGUGACUCAUCUUUAAGCUUCCUGACUUUCUUAACCAAUUGCAGAAAUUUAACUGCUCUUUCUCUAACUUUGAACCCUCUAAACGGCAUGCUUCCAGCUUCCACGGGGAACCUUUCCACCUCUCUUAGAAAUUUUUACGCCAACGUUUGCAAAAUCAAAGGGCGAAUUCCAAAUGAAGUUGGGAACUUAAGCAGCUUAUUAGACCUUGAUCUUUCUAGAAACUACUUGGUUGGAUCGAUUCCCACAUCAAUUGGAAACUUGAGAAACCUGCAGGGCUUGUUCUUGAGUAACAACAAACUUACAGGAUCUAUCGGUGAUAAUCUAUGUAAAUUGCAGUCCUUGGAUGUCAUCGACUUGACUCAAAAUCAAUUUUCAGGUUCUCUUCCUAAUUGUUUAGGAAAGAUUACUUCCCUUAGAGAGAUACGUAUGGGUUCCAAUAAAUUGAGUACCAAUAUACCACCAAGCUUAGGGAACAUUCAAGAUCUAGUGGUUCUUGACUUAUCGUCAAACAACAUGGUAGGUUCUUUACCUCUAGAAAUUGGAAAUCUAAAGGCUGCGACACUGAUAGAUCUGUCAAUGAAUCAAUUUUCAAAUAGAAUUCCAAGAGAAAUUGCAGGAUUGCAGAAUCUGGCACACCUUUCUUUGAGACACAACAAGUUGCAAGGAACUAUACCUGACUCAAUGAGCAACAUGGUAGGUUUGGAAUUCCUAGACCUUUCUCACAAUAAUAUAUCUGGAAUCAUUCCUAAGUCUUUGGAGAAACUUAAAAACCUAAAGUAUUUCAAUGUUUCUUUCAACAAAUUGUAUGGUGAAAUACCCUCGGGAGGUCCUUUCAAGAACCUCUCAAGUCAGUUUUUCAUCUACAAUGAAGCAUUUUGUGGUUCUUCAAGAUUUAGUGUCCCGCCAUGCCCCACUUCAUCAAAAAACAUAUCAAAUAGGAAAAAAUUGCUAGUUCUUUUUCUUUUGCUCGCAAUUGCGGUUGUAUUUGUUCCUAUGACCUUUGUGCUCCUAUGGAUAAGGUAUAGAAGAGGUAAAAGUGCUCCUCAACAAGCUGAGUCACUGUCUACCGUAACACGAGAAAGAAUUUCAUACUAUGAACUGCUCCAAACAACGGAUGACCUUAGUGAGAGUAAUCUGAUUGGUAUUGGAAGUUUUGGCUCUGUUUACAAAGGUGUCCUUAGAAGUGGAACUGCCAUUGCAGUGAAAGUGUUCAACCUGCAACUGGAUGCGGCAUUCAAGAGUUUUGAUACGGAAUGUGAAGUUUUGCGCAGCCUUCGCCAUAGGAAUCUCGUAAAAGUCAUUACUAGUUGUUCCAAUCUUGAUUUUAAGGCUUUAGUUCUUGAUUAUAUGCCUAAUGGGAGUCUUGAGAAGUAUUUGUAUUCGCACAACUACUUCCUCGACAUCAAGCAGAGACUAAGCAUAAUGAUAGAUGUGGCAUGCGCUUUGGAAUAUCUUCACCAUGGGUGCUCGUUGCCUGUGAUUCACUGUGACGUGAAGCCUAGUAACGUCUUGCUGGAUGAAGAUAUGGUUGCCCACCUCAGCGACUUUGGCAUUUCAAAACUGCUUGGUGAAGAUCCGGGUGAUUUGUACACUAAAACCUUAGCAACAUUGGGGUAUAUUGCACCGGAAUAUGGACUGGAAGGACUAGUAUCAACAAAGUGUGACAUCUAUAGCUAUGGGGUCAUGUUGCUGGAAACGUUUACUAGGAGAAAGCCUAAUGAGUUUGAGGGAGAUCUUAGCUUGAAGCAAUGGGCGAGUUAUUCACUUCCAGAUGCUGUAAUGGAGAUCGUAGAUGCCAACUUGUUAACAUCAACUGGUAAUCGCUUAAAGAAGGAGCUAGAUGUUGUCGCAUCAAUCAUGAAAGUUGCAUUAGAUUGUUGUAACGAAUCUCCAACAAGAAGGACCAACAUGAAAGAUGUUGUAGGGAUGCUACAGAAGAUCAAGAUUCAACUUCUAGCAUGUUGAGCAUGUUGUUGGAAUCUGUUGUUCCAAAUAAUUUGUUUGCUGCAAAUAUUUGAUUAGUUUUGGAUUCCUGUAAUAUUGCUUCUUUCUUUUUUGUUUUAGCACUUCAUUUGUGCAUGAUUCUGUUUUCAGAAACUCUAGCUGGUUGAAUAAAUCUCACUAUUUCCUUUUAACAAAAACUAAAUUGAUCACCAAAA